AUGCACUCUGAUUGGGCAACAUACAUCGCAGAAUAUGGGCAAGAGUCUGCAAAAUAUUCGCGCGUGAAAGCUACAGUAGCAAUAACAUUCCUCGAAAAAAUGAUAGAGUUUGAAAAGAAAAAUACAGGCUUCUUUGGAAUUAAUAAAGGAGAUCGUAAGAAAUUGUUGGAUACCAUUCUACGUCAACUCCGUCUACUAGCUCAUCAAUAG